AUGUCGUGGCGCAUCCAGAACCUCCCCGAUUCUAGCUCGAAUCCGGCCGGCGCCGGCGCCGGCAGCAACAAGAAGAAGUCAAAGUCGUCCUCGUCGUCCAACGGCCGCGGCGCGAUCAAGCGGCUCAUCAAGGAGCUGGACGUCUGGCGCGCGGAGCAGACGGACGAGAGGGGCAUCGAGAGGUUGGGGCCCGUCAACGACGAGGACCUGCUCUCAUGGGAGGCCGUGAUCAAUGGCCGGGGCAUCGGGAACGGAUACGAUGAAGGCCGCUGGCUCCUCGAGAUCAACAUCCCGACCGACUACCCCCUCCGCCCGCCGACGAUCCGCUUCGCCACGCCCGUGGUGCACGCCAACAUCGCCCUCCAGACGGGCGAGAUCUGCCUGGACCUGCUCAAGGACGCCUGGACGCCGGCCUACAGCGUGCUCGAGAGCGUGCGCGCCGUGCGGACCCUCCUGGCGUACCCGGAGACGGACUCCCCGCUCAACGUCGACGUCGCGGCGCUGCUCCGCGGCGGGGACGUCCUGGGCACGAGGGCGCUCGUCGAGUUUUGGUGUCGGGACGACGAGGGGAGGUACGAAGGGCCAUGA